AUGGCUGGUUCGGAUUCUUUAAUGGCGAAGAAGGAUUUUUCGGAUGCCUCAAAGGAUGUUUAUGUGAAUAAAGAUGUUGUGAUACAGAAUACUGCUGUCUCUUCUGCUGAAAAUGGUUUGUUGUCUCUUACCUGGUCGGUUGCUUCACUGUGUGUUGACACAACUAUUGCCCCAUCUGCUGAAUGUGGACCUGUGUCCGCGAUGGUUGUUGCUCCCUCUACUGUCUCUCUUUCUUCCAAUAUGGAUAGAUCGGUGCUGGGCUCUUCCGAUUGGAUUGUUGCGACAACUAAAGUUGAAGAAGGAUGGAUUAUUGACUUAAGCCUCCACUGUGAAAGUUAUCGUGUUCCAGGGAGACAACAAAAUUUGCCAGAGUGGAUUGAGAUGCUGAGUCAACAGGUUUCGCUGAGGCUAAAGGCAUCGCCAGGAUGCUCAGACAGCACCUGCAAACACGGUUUCAUACAUCACGACUCGCCGAUCGUCACAGACGAUUUCUUGCGGUCGAUCAUAGGAGCAGAGGGAUCGGUGGAUCUUGUGACGGUUGCCAUGGCGGUCCACUGGUUCAAUCUGGAGACUUUUUAUUCGCAAGUGAAGCGGUUUUUGAGGAAACCGGGUGGAGUGAUCGCCGUUUGGGGUUACCAUUACCCGACUGUAACCCCUGCACUGGAUGCCAUUACCGAGGAAUUUGUGCGUGCUUCGAGGGAAUAUCGAGAUCCGAGGUUUGAGUACCUGAUGAAUCGAUAUACAACUCUUCCCUUUCCCUUCCGACCUGUGCUUCCCGGUGGGGCAGGGGGUGAGGGGAACCCUGUGGUGAAGGAGAUGCUGAGAGAUUUGAGCUUGGAGGACUAUUUGGGAAUGUUUAGGUCCUCCUCUGCACUAGUGACAACAAGGGAGAAGGGCACUGAACUUCUCAAUGAAAAUGUAAUCAAGGGGAUCAAAGAGGCCUGGGGUGAUGAGGGCCACAUUUACCCUUGUAAAUAUGAGGUGUAUAUGUUAAUUGGCACAAUAUUAGAGUGAAUAGUCUUAGGUAAUUAUUGAGGUUUUGGGGUUAGUUUGUUCAGUUUUGGUUAUCAUUUUAGGCAGUUUAGAUUGUGGGUUUGAUCUUCAUGUAUUUGUGAUGUGUGGUAUGGUCAUGGGUCCAAUCAUCAUUUACUUGUGAUGUGUUGUAAGGGGUCUAUUAGAUAUCAUCCAAGAGGUUCUGGGCGAUGAUUGGUACAUCAUUUGAGUGAAUAAUUUUAUGUAAUUAUUGAGGUUCUCUAGGCCAGCGU